GAGAGAAAGGGACGACAAUGGCGUCGCAUAACCCUAACGACCGAACCCCAUUAUAUCCACAAGUUAACCAAUCUGAUCUUGAACCCUGUCUCUUGAAUCAUAACCCAUCUUCCUCCUCUCUCUACCCCGAAAUCGACAUGAAAGACCUUGUAGAGAACCUCUUCCCUGACAAAUACGAAAUCCCACGCAAUAAUCCCCCCUCCUCCGCGCCUCCUCCUCCAGUAGAGGAUAUAAUCCUCACAAUUCCCGGCGCGAUUCUACAUCUGAUCGACCAACAUUACAGCGUCGAAUUAGCCUGCGGGGAUUUCAGCAUCGUUCGAAUCCUACAAGGUGAUAGGAUUGUCGCCCUCAUCGCUCGCUUGGCCGACGAGAUCCAGUGGCCUCUUGCCAAGGAUCAAGCGGUCGUGAAGCUCGACGUAGCACAUUAUUUCUUCUCGUUCAAGGCACCAAAUGAAGCUGGAUCAGAUUCUAGCGACGACGAUGAUGAAGAAGACAAACGCCAAAAGGGUUCGUCGUCGUCUUCUUCUUCGGCCAAUGACUGGCUGAGUUAUGGAUUGACAAUUGCACCAAAGGGACAGGAGAGAUUGCUGAAAGAACUUGAUGAGAUUUUGGAUCGAUAUAGUAACUUAUCGGUACAGAAGAAGGGGAAGGAUGUGGAGAUGUUGGAACGAUCGGUGGUUAGUGAGAUGUCUCCAGCCGACAUGAAGUCGGAUAAUGAGAAGAGAGAAAAGAUGGAGGAUCAAUCGACAGCAUUUUGGACAACGUUGGCACCAAAUGUGGAGGAUUACAAUGGGAGUGCAGCGAAAUACAUUGCGGCUGGAUCAGGGCAGCUUAUAAAGGGAAUAUUAUGGUGUGGGGAUGUAACUGUUGAGAGAUUGAAAAGGGGGAACGACAUUUUGAAGGAUAGAACUCAACUGAGUACUCGUGAUGCAGAGGUUAGUCCAGAAACCUUAAAGCGGAUCAGAAGGGCGAAGAGGGUGACUAAGAUUACAGAAAAGGUUGCUGGUGGUGUUCUUACUGGUGUUGUGAAAGUAUCAGGGCUUUUCUCAAAUAAACUAGUUAAUUCAAGAUUAGGGAAGAAGGUUUUUGGUCUCUUGCCAGGAGAAAUUGUUCUAGCUUCCCUUGAUGGAUUUAGCAAAAUCUGUGAUGCAACGGAAGUAGCUGGAAAGAAUGUAAUGUCAACAUCAAACACUGUAACUACAGAGUUUGUGACCCACAAAUAUGGAGAAGAAGCUGGGAAGGCGACUGGUGAAGGUCUUGAAGCAGCUGGACAUGCUAUUGGGACUGCAUGGGCUGUUUUUAAGCUGAGAAAAGCAUUGAAUCCAAAAGCUUCCAUGAAACCUACAUCUUUGGCUAAAGCUGCUGUCCAUGAGAUGAAAAGAAAUGUAACCAACAAAAAAUAGAUACAAUCUGCUGGUUUCAUCUCAAUCCCUUCCUUUAUUCAUUAUGAAUUCCAUGUCCCAUCUGUAAUCAAUCAUAUGAAUGACGAUUUUAAAGAAUAAUUCUAUUUUAGUU